AUGUCUCUAGGACCAUCGGGUGGAAGGUUCUUAAAGGACAAGAUCGGACAAGCCAAGAUCGACGCCUAUAAGGGACAAGCCAAGAGCAACAUGCCGCAGAGAUCGGCCAGUACCCGCACUGGGCUGGAGGAUCAAGAAGAGGGCGAUCUAAGUCGGUACUUCAAUUCAGCCAUGAAGAAGUACGAGGCGGAGCAACGUACAGCUCAGCGAAUGAAUCGACAGCCAAACCGCUACCCAGAUCGACGUACUUUGCUCCAACCUUCACACGAAAGCCUUGACAUGCCGGAUGUGGAGAUGGAGUCGGUGGGGUCGGACAUUUACCAACAUAUCCAUGAGGCGGCGGAAUACGACCCGGAUGAUCUAUGGAUGCCCGAACCACGGCGCCCUCAUGUAGCCGCGACCGGUGCGACUACCGGAGGGGGAAACAUCACGCAGAGGAUCAGAAUCUCAGCGAUUUCUGAGCUGAAAGAAUUCUCAGGGAAGGAUCGGGAAGAAGACAAAGCACGGACCUGGAUCGGCAAAGUGAAAUCAGCGUUUAUCCGGGACCAAGCACCGGACGAGGAGAGAUGUCUGGUCUUCGGUGAUCUCAUGGUGGGCCCAGCCCGCUACUGGUACCGACAGCUGAGUAGAUCGACGAGAUUCAAUUGGAAAGAAUUGAUGAACAGUUUUCUUGUGGAGUAUGCGGGACACGGGAUGUCCGCGAGCAGGCAAUACUACCAUGCAAAGAAACGAUCGGAGGAAGAUCCUUUACAGUACCUGUAUCGGCUUAAUGUGAUGGGAAUGCAGGCGAAGAUACCGGUGAUGACUGGAUUGCCAGCUGCGCGCAAGGAACAUGUCAAUCAUUUCAUUGACACCUUGGACGACCCCGAUCUGUCCAAUCAAUUGCUACUGCUGAAUGUAGAAGACGCGGAGGCCAUGCAAAAGACACUGCACGGAUAUCAACAAGGGAGAUCGCGUCAAGGGAAAGUGAUGAUGGGAUCGUCCAAAUUCAGGCAGAAGGGAACUCAGGGUCCAGCGCUGUCUAAGCCUGCACGAGCGGUAAGGAUGGUCCGUACCGAGGACGUCUGCAGCGAGUCAGGAUCAGACACCUGCGGAUCGGAUUUGGAAGAUCGAUUGAGAUCGAUCCAUGUGGCUGCUACUGCGGAUCGCCGUUCAUCCCCCAAUGACGUUGCAGCAAACGCGAGAUCGGUCGACCCGAACACUCGUCAAGACUAUCAAGACCGCAAUAUGCCAUUGAAGCCGUGUACUCAUUGCGGAUCGACCAAGCAUGGAGAUCUCGGUUGUUGGAAGCGGCUCACUUGCCAGAAGUGUGGGCGUAAAGGACACCCCUCUGACAAUUGUUUUUUCGUGUGUCGUGCUUGCGGUGAGAUGCACGACCCGGGGAAGUGUCCCAUGGAGGAGUUCUACAACAUGAUCCGUCAGUGGUACGUCCCGAAUAAGCAUGCGGGGAUGCUACCAGAGAAGGCCGAGAAGAUGUUAAACUAG